AUGGCAGUGGGGAAACUGGGAUCCCCUGAGGAUGUGGACCAAAGGCAGCCAGGGCUGCGGGGGAGCUUGUACCCUGAAGGUUGGAACUGGAUUGUGUCCCAGCCGAAGACUGGCCAGUCCUGUCAGAGCCUCUGGGGGUCUACUCAUCAUCUGAGGACAACCUCUUCCCUACCAUUCCCCUCUCUAAUGUUUUGGGGUGCCCUCCUGGGAACCAGCUCCCUGCCCUGGCUAGCCUGGGGUACAAGGACCUUCACUCUGGGGGUUCUGGGUCCCUGGGACUGUGAUCCCAUCUUUGCCCAAGCCCUUCCCAGCAUGGCUGCCCAGCUGGCUGUGGAGCAAGUCAACCUGGACCCCUCACUGCUGCCUGGCUUGCGGCUGGCUUCUGUGGUCCUCCCCACGGGCUGUAACACCCCUCAUGCCCUGGCCACCUUCCUGGCCCACAAAGAAGCUGUGGCUGCUUUUGUGGGCCCUGUCAAUCCUGGUUACUGCCAAGCAGCAGCCCUGCUGGCCCAAGGGUGGGGCAAGACCCUCUUCUCCUGGGCAUGCGGGGCUCCAGAGGGAGGGGGUGGACUGGUGCCCACCUUGCCUUCUGCUGCCCAUGUGCUGUUGUCUGUCAUGAGACACUUUGGCUGGGCUCGCUCUGCUGUUGUAUCUUCCCAGCAGGACAUCUGGGUGGCCACAGCCAGGCAGCUGGCCACAACUUUCAGGACACAUGGGCUGCCUGUGGAGCUUGUGACAUCUCUGGGACCUGGAGAGCAAGGGGUCACCGAUGUCUUAAAGCAGCUCCAAAGUGUGGAUGGCCUGAAAAUUGUGGUGCUUUGCAUGCAUUCAGCGCUGCUGGGAGGCUCUGAGCAGAGAGCCCUGCUGAGCCACGCAUGGGCUCAGGGCUUGGUGGACGGGAGGCUGGCCUUCCUGCCUUACGACACGCUGCACUUUGCACUGCCCUACCGAAACCGUUCCUAUCCCGCCCUGGGUGACAGCCAGCCCCUGCGGGAGGCUUAUGAUGCGGUGCUCACUAUCAGCCUGGAGUCCAGCCCUGAAGACAAGGCCUUUGCCACCACCAAGGCAGGGGCAGACGCAGCUGCCCACCUGGAGCUUAGCCAGGUGUCCCCACUCUUUGGAACCAUCUAUGAUGCUGUUAUCCUGCUGGCUCAUGUCUUGAACCACUCUGAGAGCCCCUCAGGAGCUUUCUUAGGGGAUCACAUAGGAGCUCUUGAGGUGGCUGGGUUUGGCCAGAGGAUCCGGACAGAUAAGAAGGGCAGGAGGCUAGCCCACUAUGUAAUCCUGGACACAGAUGGUCAAGGGAACCAGCUGGUCCCCACCCACCUUCUGGACACAGGCACCUGGCAAGUACAGCCCCUGAGCAGAACCAUACACUUCCCAGGAGGAGUCCCUCCAGCCCAGGAUUCCAGCUGCUGGUUCGAUCGCAAGACACUGUGCAUGAGAGGUACACAGCCCCUGGGCAGCCUCUUCACUGUGGCUCUGGUCUGUGUCCUGGUGCUGGUUGGCGGGGUCCUCGCUUACUUCAUCAGAUUGGGUAUCCAGCAGUUGUGGUUGAUUCAGGGCCCCCAGCAGAUCCUGCUGACAGCCCAGGAGCUCACCUUUCUCCAUCAUCCCCUGAGCCGAAGGAGGCUGCAUGUGGACACUGGAAGUGAAUCCCAAAGUGCAGCAGAAGGCGAAAGCCUGAGAUUGAUGGUCCAAGGGUCAGCAAGGAGUCCACCAGUGCCCCCAGAACCUACCAGUGUGGCCCUGUACCAGGGAGACUGGGUGUGGUUGAAGAAGUUGGAAAUGGGUACAAUCCCUGAGCUGCGCCCAAGUUCCCUCAGCCUCCUGAAAAAGAUGCGGGAGAUGCGGCAUGAGAACGUUGCCACCUGCCUGGGCUUCUUUGUGGCCCCUGGGGUCAAUGCUCUGGUGCUAGAGCACUGUACUCGGGGCAGCCUGGAGGACUUGCUGAGGAAUGAGGCCCUGCGGCUGGACUGGACCUUCAAGGCAUCUCUGUUGCUGGAUUUGAUCCAAGGCAUGCGGUAUCUGCAUCAUCGACAUUUCCCCCACGGCCGUCUCAAGUCUCGGAACUGUGUGGUGGAUGGACGUUUCGUGCUCAAGGUCACUGACCACGGUUACGCAGCACUCCUAGAGGCUCAGCAGUCUCCCUACCCCCAGCCAGCUCCAGAAGAGCUUCUGUGGACGGCUCCUGAGCUGCUGCGGGGGCCCGGGGGGCCCGGGCAAGGCACCCUCAAAGGGGAUGUGUUCAGCAUGGGCAUUAUCCUGCAGGAGGUACUGACUCGAGGCCCACCCUACAGCUCCUCAGGGCUCUCAGCGGAAGAAAUCAUCCGGAAGGUGGUGUCUUCCUCACCUCUCUACCGGCCACUAGUAUCCCCUGACCAUGGACCCCCUGAGUGCAUCCGGCUGAUGAAGGAGUGCUGGGAGGAGGCUCCAGAUGACAGACCAAGCCUGGACCAGAUCUACAGCCAGUUCAAAAGUAUCAACCAAGGUAAAAAGAGCAACGUUGCUGACUCCAUGCUGAGGAUGCUGGAGAAGUACUCCCAGAACCUGGAGGACCUGGUCCAGGAGAGGACAGAGGAGCUGGAGCUGGAGAGGCGGAAGACGGAGAGGCUGCUAUCACAGAUGCUCCCACCGCCUGUGGCUGAAGCUCUGAAGAUGGGGGCCGCUGUAGAGCCGGAGUACUUUGACCAGGUUACCAUAUACUUCAGCGACAUUGUGGGGUUCACCACGAUCUCAGCCCUGAGUGAGCCCCUCGAGGUGGUGGGUUUACUCAAUGAUCUCUACACGUUGUUUGACGCCAUCCUGGGCAGCCAUGAUGUGUAUAAGGUGGAGACCAUUGGCGAUGCCUACAUGGUAGCAUCGGGGCUGCCUUGGCGCAACGGGAGGCGGCACGCAGGUGAGGUCGCCAACAUGGCCCUGGACAUCCUCAGCUCUGCAGGUGACUUCCGGAUGAGGCAUGUGCCGGACAUGCCCAUUCUCAUCAGGGCUGGUCUGCACUCAGGGCCCUGUGUGGCGGGCGUUGUGGGUCUCACCAUGCCUCGGUAUUGCCUCUUCGGUGACACUGUCAACACUGCCUCCAGGAUGGAGUCCACAGGGCUACCAUACAGAAUUCACAUCAGCCGAAGCACUGUCCAAGCCCUGCUCAGCCUCGACGAAGGCUACAAAAUUGAUGUCAGGGGUCAGACCGAGCUGAAGGGGAAGGGUGUGGAGGAGACCUACUGGCUGGUGGGGAAGGUGGGCUUCCACAGACCUCUGCCCACACCUCUGCACAUCACACCUGGAGACCACUGGCAGGACCUCAUAAACCAAGAAAUCAGGGUGGCUUUUGCCAAAGCCCGCCAGGCCUCAGCUGGGCCAGGUUGCCAAGGGGAGGAGAGGGCCAGGCCCUGAGGAG